CCUAACUGCACCCUCCAAAUGCCUAUCCCUUUUUCUGCCAUAGUGCAAUCGACAGAUCAUUGAUUCACCGAAAGCCCCUUAACCUUUUAAAAACCUCCUCCUCAUCAGUGUUGUGUCGAAAAUACGUGAACAGGUUACAUGGAGCUCAUUUUUCUUUUCUUGUGGGGCUUGCUCAGAUCCGGAGAGGCAGCUGGACAUGGAAAUGGGAAGUGCCUCGCCCCACACUACAUUGAGUUCGCUGAGAUUACCAUUGACAGGGUCAUGGUGGGCAGCAAGGUGCGAUACAUGUGUGAAACUGGCUAUAUAAGGAUAAUUGGGAAGAGUAACUUGAUUGUCUGUACCAACGAUACUGGGCUUAUUCACUGGACCACAAAAGCUUCUGUAUGUAAACGGAACUCCAGUGCUACUUCACAACCGUCAGAAAGAAAACCUGAGUAUCCAGUCACCAUUGUGCCAUCUGACACAGCAGGUUAUUGUGGGAUACCCAGCCCUGUGGAACAUACCACACCUAGGUUGACAGAGUAUGCCGUGGGUCAGAAACUGCAUUACAAGUGUCUGCGUGGUUACGAUGCUCGGCCCCCAACCUCUGAUAUCAGCACAUGUAAGGAAGAGCAUGGGAAAACCAACUGGACAAGGCCAAGUCUGCUGUGCACUAAUGACAGCAAGAGUGAAGAAGAGAUGACACAACCGAUUCCAAUAACAGAUACAUCAGAGCUUUUCCAUGUCCCAUCAGUGAUGUUUCCUAUCACAGUUGCUGUCUCUACUGUCUUCCCAAUCAUUUUCAUCAUUUUGGGGUGGAUCAUCGUAUCGAAACUAUGGAGACGGAGGAGUUUGACAGAAGAUGUCAAGAUUGAAAAGACAAAGUCCAUUCUAAUAACAGCAGCAAGUGUGGAAAUGGAGAGUGAGGAGGAAGCUCACAGACUAAAAUCUAAUAUGUGAAGGAAGUAGCAGAUGUUUCACUUUAAUGCUCGAGUUGGAUUGCCCUGGGACAGACUGGUUCCUGCCUAGAGCCAAGAUAUCGGAGCUCUCAAUGCUAGGGAAAGACAUAUAGCACAUGGAAUAUGGGCCGUAUUGUUAUUAACAGACAAAGAACUUCUUUCACAUUCAUUUCAAGUUGCUACUAUGUAUGUAUCUUGAAGAACAUUAGAGUUAAAAACCUAAACAAUUAAAAGUAUGGAAAUCACCAGUUAAGAGCAAGUAGAUACAUAUUCAAAUAUAUUCAUAGCUUAUAUAAUCUCUUUUUUAAAAGGAACGUGUAAAAUAUCACAUUGGAUAUUCCAGAAAUAGCCUUCAAUCUGCCCCUCUAUCUCUGCCUAACCUGAAAGUGUUUACCAGAAAUGCUCUUCACCCUCCUCUCUUAUAUCAAAUGUAUUUCCAAUAUGGGCUAUAAACUCUCACAAACUACCAGCCAGCACAUGUGGUCCACAGGCCUAACCAGACUAUGUGGCCAUUAUUAGACAGAGACACCAAUAUCAUGACACUUACUCCUCCUGUACAAGCCACAUAUCUGACUCUCCCCAUCCCAUCUCUGACUGCUACACUCAAGAGAUCACAGACGAUCUUAUUUUCCACACAUUGCCCAGAAAUGACACCUUUCUCACACACUCCCUAUUCUACUUUGUGGGAGGAAAACCCAGUAAACCCCAAUCACUCUUUUUGUGUGAGCUGAAAAGCUCAUCAUACCCUCUUCCUCCUCUCACUGUGAACCAGAGGCUUCACUUUGCACAUACAGACCACACGUCCAUCUUCAUCCAUCCCCUCUACUCUUAUAUUUCAGACUAUCCCAUUGGUCAGAGCAGGCUAGUACAUUGUUUAGCAUAAAGGAAGGAAGGGUGGUGGCCUUGUCUGUAGAGCAGUGCUCCCCAAACUGUGGGGUGCACCGCCCUACGUGGGUACAGAGGAACAUUUGGGGGGGGGCAUGUGGCAAGUCCCGGGCCAGCCCCCGCAGGGGACAGGGAGGGAGUGCCACCCAACCCCACUCUGACCUAAGCUCAGUUCCAGCUCCGGCCCCAGCUCCACCCCACCCCCUGCCCCCAACCCAACUCCAGCCGCACUCUGCCUCCUGCUCCGUCCCAGCUCCAGCUCCAGCUCCACUGCACCCCCAGCCCAGCUCUGCCCUCAUCCCCUCUCUGUCCCCAUGCCAGCUCUGCUUCUAGUCCCAGCUGCUCCCCCACCCCCAGUUCAGCUCCCAGCUCCGCCUUCAGACCAAGCAGCUCUGCUGAGCCAAGUGUGCAGUAAUGCCUGGGGGAAGCGGACAGAUUCCAUUACUGGUGAGGGGGAUGCAAGAGGAACAGUCUGGGCACCACUUCUGUACAGCGUAGCAAGAAAUACUUGACAGCUCAUUCUGCCAAAGUACUCGGGGCCCUGGUAUAGAGGGGCAGAAUUAAGUAUGACUUUGGAAUACACAAACUGAUAUUUGACAUGUAUAUUUAUUUAUGGGAUUGUAUGAACUGCAAGUGCAUUUGAAUAUUUAUCUGCCUUCCCAUAACUGCUCAUUUUAUACUAUUGUAGACUACUAGACUCUUGGGGUGACUCCAAGAAUGGGAACUACAGCAUCCUGGCUCAGCCUUAUAUUCUGCACCACUGGCUUGUUAAUUCUUUUCAUUUUUUUUCUUGCUCAGUAUUCUUGAUAGUUAUACUUUACAUGCUUGACACUGAAUCCUGUUGGGAUAGACCUAGCUCAUUAUAUGAAUAGCUUUGUUAAGGUGAGCAGCUGAUUAUCUAAUCUCAGUGCAUUAUAGAAUGCUUGUACAACAUUUUACCUUUAGAUGCUAUUAUUUUGGGUGGGAAAAGGAGAAGAUCUAUAUUUAUGUAAUAGGGUGGAUUGUUCACACCCUUCAGCUGCUGCAAGGGCUCCAAGUCCUGACAGAUUGGGAUACAAUACACCAGGGGUUCUCAAACUGGGGGUCGGAACCCCUCAGGGGUCGUGAGCUGUCAGUCUGUACCCCAAAUCCUGCUUUACAUCCAGCAUUUAUAAUAGUGUUAAAUAUAUUUA